AUGAGCCUGGGAGGCUCGUCCGGCUGGUUUCUGGACUGGGUGGAGAUCGACGCUCCUUCUCAAGGACAGAGGCUUCGUUUCCCCUGCGGACGCUGGCUGGACACGGGAGAGGAUGAUGGAGCGAUUAUCAGAGAUCUGUAUCCUGCAGAGCUGCAGACAGAACUCUACACACCAUUCGUCCCCUAUGAGAUCAGCACCUUCACUAGUGAUGUGUUCGCCGCGGGGACAGAUGCUAACGUGUUUAUCGCUCUGUACGGUCAGAAUGGUGUGUGUACGCAGCAGAAAUACCUGUGUGUGAACAAGCGAGAGCGACGGCUGUACUUUGAGAGAGCAGCAGACGACAUGUUCAUCGUGGAGCUGGAGGACGUCGGAGACAUCCUGGAAAAGAUCCGCAUCGGGCACGAAAACCAGGGCACGAACCCCGGCUGGCAUCUGGACCGCGUGGAGAUCAGGAGGCUGCUGAGAAAAGGAAAGGGUUCAGAGACGACCAUUUUCCCCUGCGAGCGCUGGCUGGCCAAAUCCGAGGAUGACGGAGAGACGGUGCGAGAGCUGGUGCCAUCAGACAUCAUCACAGAGAAACUACUGAGAGACGGGACACUCAAACACAACGAGAUCGAGGUGGAGGACGCUCUGGAGACUCACACAUAUAAGGUGUCUGUGCGGACGGGAUACAUGCACGGAGCUGGAAACGGAUGCCAACGUAUUUCUGACUAUUUACGGAGAAUUGGGGAGACACCGGAGAGCGAAGCUCAGCAAAUCCGAGAGCAGCAAAACAAGUUGAGAAAGGAGCAGUGA